GGACCAGCGGGUAUGUAGUACUAGUAGACCGAAAUGUCCUGGAAAUCCUCUGUCCCUCUCCCGCAUUGAAACCAACCGUCACUUUCAUCAUCACCACUUUUGCGGAACCUUUGGAAGUGUGUAACGAAUACAUCUUCGCUUUGAUCGCCCACUUUCAGCUCGAGAUCAGGCCGCCAUCCUACUCCUUCCACGGUCAAAGAGCAAGACGAGAAGAACGUCCGAUUGGCUGUUCUCCCCGCACAUAAACGUGCCAUAUCGGUAUAUCUCCUACCAUUGAGAGAGGAAGAGGAGACCCACGGCCGUAAUGGGACCACCGGGAAAUGAGUAUGGGUUACUGGAGCUGCCGUUUUCCGGCACGCCCGUCACCGUCAAUGGCUCGUCAAACCUCAAGGUGGACAUAGUUGCCGUCCACGGCGUGAACGGCCACCGGGUGAAAACUUGGACUCGUCAGGACACCGGCACCGCCGAAUCCGAGCCCCCGGAAAUGUGGCUCUCUGAAGUGCUCCACACCAGCGUGCCCAACGCGCGCGUCAUGACGUACGGCUACUUCGCGGACCCCGCUGCGGGCCGGUUCUUUGAGGAGUUGGCGCUGCGUCACGACGCGCGGGAAUUGCUGCGUCAGUUGCAGAAGAAGAGGAAGGAUUGCGAAAACACGCCGUUGGUGUUCGUCGGUCAUAAUCUGGGAGGGGUACUGAUUAAGGAAUUGCUCUGGGUUGCCAAUCACGAGAAGGACUACUUGCGCAUUGCGGCCAACACGAAGUUACUUAUCUUCUUUGGCGCUCCGCAUUGCCCCGAAGACCAUGACGUUUGGCUGGACUUGGUUUUCGGCAUCACCCUAGCAUCGACCGAAGCGGAGCCCUUCAUCUCGUCGAGACGCAAGAUGCUGAGGAAGGUGCUGGAGCAGGGCCCGAGCGCCCUGAUCGCGGCCUCGUCACGGUUCCAAAGAUUUGCACGGCAGUACAGAAGCCUGAGCGUCUUCGAGACGCAGAUGACCCCGUUUGUGGGCAAAGUGGUGCCGGAGGAAUGGGCCGGAGAUCCCGACGAGGGCACCAAACACCUGCAUCGAGACCGAGACCACACGCGAAUCUGUCAGUUUUCGAAGGACGACGGCGAUCCGCAGCUUCUACAGGAGCUGUGCAGGGAGAUCAAUGUCUUCGCCGAAGCUUCCGAGCACAGUAACUGGCAGGAUUUCAGUCAAGAUUAUCUCCAAUGUCGUCUGAGCCUUACGACUCUGCAUCCCGACGGUUUCUCGCCAGUCCCGACGGGUAAGCCCUAUGCCGGGACCCUGACAUGGGCACCACGGCUUCUGGACAACCCCGCAGCGUUUGUACACGUGCAUGGCCGGGCGGGCUGCGGCAAGUCCGUGCUAGCUUCGCACUUGGCCGAGCUCUCGCGGAAAACCGAUGCGAGAACACUCGUAUUUCACUUCGACGCUCAUGAUGAUCGGCGGCGCACAGCGAAGGAUCUGCUCCUGUCGUUCCUCUGCCAGUUGAUGUUCCAAGAGGAGACCAUCAUCAAGAGCUACUACGUAGUGACCAUGUACGGUGAGAUUAGGGACAGCAGCAACCCGUCUCUACACACGUUGUGGAAUCUGUUCCGCGGAAUCCUAGGAGAUCUCGGCGACACCAAGGUCGUGUGCAUCAUCGAUGCCAUUGAGCAGUGCGACGCCGUCAGCAGCGCGCUACUGCUGUCCCACAUCGCCACUCUUGACGAGCAGAUCAAGACUUCGUACAAAUUCAUCGUUACAGGUCGGACGGGAGAGAACACUGCGUCUACGUGGCAAAGGUUCUCCGGAUUCCAGUUGGACAUGGACACGGAUGACGACGUGACGACCGACGAGAAAUAUUUCGUGAGGCAGCGCCUGCAGGGCUCCGAGUUCAACGAUGUUGCGGACGACCUGGAGGCGACAAAUUCUACCUUCCUAGUGCUUGAUCUGGUCUUCACUGUCCUCCUAGAAGUACCCGGCUCCAAUGAACUGUCGCUUGCGGCAAGUCGCGUGGCCAUGAGCAUCAGGACGAGCUCGGAUCAGGUCAGUCAUCGCCGUCUGUACGAUCACUUGCUGUCCGACAUUCCAGCGCCGGAUCGCGAGUGGUGCUACCAAGUGUUUUCCUGGCUGGUAUUUGCGGCACGGCCAAUGACGGUCGAACAGCUAGCUGUAGCGACGAUUGUGGACGCAAACGCGGCGACCACACUGUCCCCGGCGCAGAUAGAGAAGCAAAUCCGGCACAACAUGAGCGAGGAUCUGAAACGUACGCUGGGGAGGCUGGUUAGAAUCGAGAACGGAGAAGUACACCUGCAUCACCAAACCUUCAGGGAGUUCUUGACGGAGCACACGUUUGACACGUUCUGCAGCUUCGGCGAUGCCGCGUUGUGGCACGCUUCGCUCGCCGCUACCUGUAUUCGAUACAUAUCCGCCAACGACCUCUGGGACGAGACCGACGCUUUGAAAUCCUACAUUCAGGUGCCUCCGCAGCUACGUUUCCCUCAUUCGCAGUCCCUCCCACCUUCACAUAGGUUUGCGACGUAUGCAGCCCAGCACUGGGCAACGCACGUUCGCCACGCCUCCGCCACCGGCGACCAGUCGCUUGAUGAGCAGGUCAUCGGCUUCCUCAAAGACGAGACCGCCAGGAAUCGCUGGGCGCAGCUGUACUGGGCGAUCAAGUUGCCACCGAGCCUGCCCUCCAGCAAAGACGUAGAAGUAAUCCCGGACUGGAAUUCGCCGCUGCAAAUUGCCGCUCACCUCGGACUAUUUACCGUUGUGAAGCAGCUCCUGCGCUCGGAGAAUGAGGAAGUUGGUGCCGAAACUGAGGAUGCGAUCGCCGAAGCCGGGGAUGCGAAUGCUGAAGCCGGGGAUGCGAGCACCGAAAUUGACGACUUUGGUCAUGCACUCAACCUCGCCGCGGGUGAGGGACACGUUUCCACGGUCAAUGUCCUAAUACAGCACUGCGGCCGGGAUAUUAAACAUGUUACCAAGGCCUUGAAAAUGGCCUGCGAGAUGGGUCAUUUUUCCGUGGUCGAGCACCUUCUCUCGAUGCACGCGGACUCUGAUGACGCCGAGCACGGCCUGGACUUAAGCGACUGUCUUCCAACCUGCGCCAAGCUUGGGUAUUCCCGUAUAGUCGCACGGCUGAUCUCCGCGGGCGCCGACGUCAACGCCCCGGGAACCGAAGCAGAUCGGUCGCCACUUUCCCACGCCGCGAGCAACGGCCACGACGUCGUCGUAGCGCAGUUUCUGGCGGCCGACGUGGAUGUCGCUGCUACGGAGGUCGAUGCGACGGACGCGGAUUUGAACGGGCGCACAGCGUUGCACUUAGCCGCCGAGUUCGGGCAUCUCGCAGUUGUCAAACAGCUGCUU